AUGUGUUGUUUGAAAGGUGUUUGUGAAUUUGAGCAACCACAGUUUGACUACAACCACGAGGGUAGCGUUAACAACGAAUACGCGCCAUACAAUGAAGAUGAUGAGGAGGAGGAUGGCGAUGAUAGAAAAAUAAAUAUGGAGGAAAAAUGGAUAAAUGGAAGAAAAAUUAACAUCGAAGACGAUGACGACGACGAUGAUGAUAAAACGUUUGAUCAUUUCAAACACAAGGAAAUGACGGUUGAGUUAAAAAGGGAUGAUGACGAAGACGACGACGAUGAUGACGACAUAAAUAGCAUUCCCAUUAAAAACAACAACAUCAACAACAUUAAUGAAAAUAAAGUAACGACCUUGACCUCUGACCCUUUAUCUAAAUCGACGGUGACCCCGAAGGCUAGGAUAGAACAGAAAUGUCACCAGGGCACAGUCGGGCUUCUCUACUACGAGAUGACGUCAUCGGUUAUGUACAGAUGCGACGGACGUGAUUGGCUGGUCUGGAAGUGGGGGGAGGGGUUUAAUUUGCAUAGAGCUGUCAAUCAACAUCGACAUGACGACGAUGAUGAUGGUGAUGGGAAAGAUGAUAAUGAUGGUAAAAAAUAUCGUUAUGAUGAUGAUGAUGAGGAUGGUGAUGAGGAGGCUGGUGAUGAUGAUGAUGAUGUCAGAAGUAGAAAACGUAAUAAUAAUCAUCGUGAAGAUCGCAAGCGUAUCGAAGUUGAUAGCGAUGAUGACGACGAUGAUGAUGAUGAAGACGAUGAUGAAGGUGUUGGAAAGGAAGAUGAAGAUGAUGAGGAAGACGAUUACAGUGAUGAUGAAGAUGAUGAGGACGACGAUUACUAUUCUUAUCAUUGCUCGAGAAAUGAAAUCUUAUACAAAGAGCAUUGUUACACUUUACUGAAACACGAAUCAACAUGGCGUCAAGCGGAAGUGGCCUGCAGAAGAACAGGAAGUCACCUGACCGUCCCAACCAGUUGGCCACAUUUAAACUGGCUGACGGACGUCAUUGCCGGGGGUAGCAGAUUUUGGAUUGGUUUGAGAGGGAAAAGAAAAUAUUGGUAUGAAAAGUCAGGAAAGUUAGCAUCUUUUAUAAACUGGAAAGAAGGUCAUCCCCAACAUUCGAAUAAGGAAAAAUGUGUCCUUGUCACCAAGCGACGAAAUUGGAUAGAUAAGGAUUGUGGUUCUUUCAAAGCAAGGGCGUCAUCCAGCACCACAAUAAUCUCCAAGGCCGGCAAAGGUAGCAUCAACAUCAACGUACAUGACUAUAACAAUCCAUCGCUGCUAACUUUGCCACCAGUCACCUCAAAAUGGCCGGUCUUCAGUCCACUCUUUCUCAAAGUGUUCUCAGCUUUUUUGUACGGUUCAUCAUCAUUUCUGAUAACUGUGGUCAAUAAGAUAACCCUUACCUCUUACAAGUUUCCAUCGUAUCAGUUUCUUGGGCUAGCACAGAUGAUGUCAACAGUUGUUUUUCUAGGUCUAGCUAGGUUGUUCAACAUCAUCACUUUUCCUAGUUUAGACAGGAAUCUGCCUCAAAAGAUUUGGCCCCUUCCUCUUGUCUACUUUUUGAACCUCGUAACUGGACUUGGUGGCACUCAGAAUAUUAGCCUACCGAUGUUCACUGUACUUAGAAGGUUCUCCAUACUCUUCACCAUGAUAGCUGAGUAUUGGAUAUUAAAAACGAAAGCUACGCCCAAGGUCCAGUUGUGUGUCUUCCUGAUGAUAUUUGGCGCCAUUGUGGCCGCCAUUGACGACCUGUCAUUCCAAUUGCAUGGUUACUUACUCGUCCUGACGAACAACAUCUUCACAGCAGCCAAUGGCGUCUACACUAAGCAGAAACUAGAGGCCAAGGAGCUUGGGGAGCUAGGCUUGAUAUUCUACAAUUCUCUCUUCAUGUUGCCUCUGUCAUUCGCUCUUACAUACUUUACAGGAGAUAUAGAUAAGGCGAUAUCAUACACUGGCUGGAUUGAUUACAGUUUCUGCAUCUCGUUCUCGUCAUCUUGCAUCAUGGGAUUUGUACUCAUGUACUCCAUCAUUUCCUGCACAAACCAUAACUCGGCCCUUACAACGACAAUCAUUGGAGUUCUCAAGAAUCUUUUCAUUACGUACCUUGGCAUGGUCAUCGGCGGUGAUUACAAGUUCAGUAUCAUCAACUUUAUCGGUGUCAAUAUCAGCGUUUCAGGCAGUCUGUUCUAUACUUACAUCACCUUCAUAAGUUCAAAUCAGAAGAAAUUAAUGGCAGAAGUUGGAGGCCAGCAGAAAUAAUUUGACGCUAAAAAAAUGAUGCAACGACAAGAGUAAAGGUGAAGCGCUACAGUGAUUAUGACGUAAUGAAUAAAACAAUUAUAUAGCGCCGUAUAAAGAAAUGUUUGUGGAUAUUUUUUUCUGGGUUUUUUUUCAAUAUUAAUCUUUCGGUUUCUUUCAUUUUUACUUAUCUUAUUACAAUUUAUCAUUCUGCUGUGGGUUCAUGCUUAUAUCGCCACCAUCAUCAUCAUUAUCAUCAUCAUAUUGUCAUCGUUGUUUUGCCAUCAUUAUCACCAUCCCAACAUAGUCGUCUUCAUCAUCAUCCCAUUGCAUGUAUGUAUAUAUGGAUGAUUAGGCAAUAUGAUAACUAUCAAUUGCCACAUGAAUUACAUAUUAAUAAUGAUCACCUUUGCCAUUAUUUUGUUGUCAGUUGUGUAAAUAUAAUAUUAAUAAUUAUUAUUAUUAAAUAUAAUAAUAAUUUACAA